GCUGGUGGUGCUGCGGGCGGGGGGCAGCCGGCGCUCGCCGCUCAGCCUGGCCCGCCUGCGGGAGGUGCGCACCCGCGCCCGGCUCAUGCUGGCCCUCGGCGGCGCCCAGAUGGCCCUCGGCUGCCUCAUCGUGGCCGUCAGCUUCGCCGCGCUCGCCCUCACCACCUCGGCCCGCGUGCGCCACUCCUGCCCCUUCUGGGCCGGCUUCUCGGUACUUUUAUCGGGACUUAUCGGCGUUGUGUCAUGGAAGAGGCCCCUCUCGCUUGUGAUAACCUUUUUCAUGUUGCUGUCGGCCGUCUGUGUCAUGCUGAACUUGGCGGGUUCCAUUCUCUCCUGCCAGAACGCUCAGCUGGUGGACUCCUUGGAAGGGUGUCAGUUGAUAAAAUUCGAUAGCGAUGGUGUCUGCGUCUGCUGCGAGCUGCAACAUCAGACCUCGGGCUGCAGCAACCUCGGUGAGACGCUGAAACUGAACCCUCUGCAGGAUUGCAACGUGGUCAGGCUCACGCUCAAGGACCUGUUGUUUACUGUGUGCGCCCUCAAUAUCCUCUCCACGAUUGUCUGCGCUCUGGCCACUGCCAUGUGCUGCAUGCAAAUGGUCUCCUCGGAUGUGCUGCAAAUGUUCAUGCCUCAGAGGCUGCAGUCCACGAACACCGACUGCAUGACGUCCCAUGGAACGAUCCUGCACCAGUCCCUGGAUUUUGACGAGUUUAUCCCCCCUAUCCCGCCUCCCCCUUACUACCCGCCUGAAUACACCUGCACACCCGUGAUUGAAGCACAAAGAGGGCUGCACCUGGACUUCCCUCACUCGCCCUUCAGCACUUUGUAUGAAGUUGCCAUUAACAGCCCCGGAAUCGUCUACCCAGCUGAGCUGCCUCCUCCGUACGAAGCCGUAAUUGGACAGGCACCUGCUCACCAGGUCACGACCCUGGAGCAGCAAGAUGCAGAGUCCGGCCCGGGCGAGAGGAACACCCCAGCAGCUUUUGGCACCCAAGCUUCCGUGGACGGUGUGUCCCAGAUAGCCUCCGACGCUCUGGACGUCCCGGCUUGCAGCUGCUCCUCAGAGGAUCUCGGUUCGCUCGAAGUCCCGGAGUCUCUUCUUUCUGCGGGCUUCUCUUCCUACGGCACGACCCGUAAGGGAGCUACAAACCGGAGCAGAUCCAGUUUGGACUACGGCAGCCGCUGCGGGUUGCGCAGGACGAAUUCGCAAGGCUCGCCGAAGGAGGGCCUUGGCGUCCCCAGCCGAACCUCUUUAGAAAGGCCUCGGGGUCAGGAGCACGAAACCUGCCCUCGUAGCCGGUCCUCGGACUGUCCCUCGGAGAAUUUUGGCGCCUCCGAGAGAGACCCCCGCAGCUUGGCUCGGGAGUGCAAAGCCAGCCCUCUGCUCAAGCCGCGGAAAAUGUGCUGCGGGGUCUUCGGCCAGCCGGCUGCAUCGCAGACUCACCGCACCCGCUGUUCAGUGCCUGGACGUGCUCUGCCCCAGCAGUGCAGCAAGAAGGGGAGGGUUUCAAGUAUUGUCCGAUCGACUAGUGACCCUCUGUCGUGUUCAUCUACCUUAGAAGUUCCCGUUUCUAGUCCUCACGUGGCUGCCUCUGCUUGCCAGGCCUCUGCAAACCGCCUCCUGCCCGCCUCCGGGAACCCCCGGGACCCACGGAAAGCCGACCUCCCCCGAAAGCCCAAGGCCUUAGAGACUCUCUGCAAAGAGCGGCCCCGCUCCUUGGUCGACCUGCAGACCUAUAAGGACACGAAGAUCCUGGUGGCCAAGUUUUUGGAGCAUUCGAACUGCAACCUCCCGCCGGAGGUGCGCCACGUGGUCAACAGCAUCCGGUCGGUCAUCAAGUCGGACGAGCGGCACAUGGAAGAAGCCAUCUUCAGCGCCAACAUCAUCGACCAGGUGAUCAUGAGCUCCCAGCAAAACGUGGAUACCUCACAUAAGCGGUUGCAGGAAGACCUUCACCUCCAGAGCUGUGGCGCGUUGAGCUCUCCCGUUGCCUUCCUUCGUCGGGCCCAGAUCCGGCACAGUUUAGAGCGGGGCAGGCCGCACAGUUUAAUUGGCGUCUGCCGAGAGACAAUCCUUUGACAGUGAUCUCCAUGGCCCCCUCCCGGUCAGGCAUACAAACUCUAGCAAAGGCAGCUGGCUCACAGAGAAUUGCCAAGAAACGGAGGACUUCGAACCAGGCAAGUCUGUACAUCCUAACACGUCUUCCUUGCGCCGUCCUGUUUUGGACCUUCUUUUUCAGAGGUUGAAGGCCCUCCCAGUUUCAUGUCAGCUACACACACACCCUUUUCCAGCAAAAAAACUCCAGUGGUUUAUUAUUUAAACCUCGUAAGAAAUGCAUUUUGUCCCCUCCGCCUUACCGAAGAAUUGGCUUCUGAUAGUUCCGUGACGGAUUCGGCUUGGGAGGACACCAGUUGCCAAGAGACGCCGAACUUCCAGUACAACUUCGUGGUUGUAUCUGAUUUGCUGUACCUCAACAAGGGGGGGGGGGGAGUGUUUUCACUGACGACAAACAGUGUUUUCAUAAUAAUAAAUUUUAAAAAAUUA